AUGGGAGCAAAAUGUUGUGCUCAACAACCAAUAUUGAAUCAUUAAGUAAUUAGCAAUAACUAAACUAAUGUAUUUGUCGAAUAGUUACAAUAUGUCACUUAAGAUAAUUAAAAAAUAAUUUCCUAAGAAGUUUCUGCAGAAAUAACAGAUGAAAAGAAAUAGGAGUUAGAAUAAAGAAAAAGUGAUGAUGAUCCAGUUAUUUUUAAAUCUCUUUAAUAAUAAUCUUAAAAAUAGGAUAUUUAAAAAGUGAUUGAGGUCCCAUAAUAACUUUAACAUCCUGAUUUAAAGCUUUAUGAAUAGCCGAUUGAAAUAACUAAUAACAAUAUUAAGAGAACUCUUGAAAGAAUAGGAAAAUAUAUACCAAUAUAAUAGAUUUAGAUUAAUGGUUAAGCUCAACCUCCUUAUUAGAUAAAGGGAGAAGCUAUAUACAUAGGAACUUGGGAUGGUUUGAAACGAGAAGGUUUUGGUAAACAAUUUUGGUAGGAUGGAUCAAUAUAUGAAGGUUAAUGGUAAAAUGAUAUGAUUUCUGGACAUGGUAGAAUAAUAUAUGCAGAUGGUGAUGCUUAUGAAGGUUUUUGGAUUAAUGGAAAUGCUAAAGGAUUUGGAAUCUAUUAUCAUUAUGAUGGAGCAAGAUAUGAAGGAUAAUGGUUAGAAAAUUUAUAAGAGGGAGAAGGUAAAGAAUAUUGGCCAGAUAAUUCAUUUUUUGAAGGAUAAUAUAAAUCAGGUAAAAAGAAUGGAAUAGGGAUGUUUUCUUGGAGUGAUGGUGCAAAAUAUCAUGGCACUUUUGUUGAUAAUUAAAUUCAUGGAUAAGGAGAAUAUACUUGGGCUGAUAAAAGGAGAUAUUAAGGAGAUUGGAAAGAGAAUAAAAUGGAUGGAAAAGGUACAUUUGUAUGGCCAGAUGGUAAAAGAUAUUAAGGUAUUCAUAUUUUAUAUAAAUCAUUUUAGGAGAAUAUAAAGAGGAUAAAAAAUGUGGAUAUGGAGAAUUUUAUUGGCAAGAUGGUAAAAUAUAUAAGGGUUAUUGGAAAGAUGGAAAAUAACAUGGAAAAGGGGAAGUUAUUGAUCCUAGUGGUAAUAAAUAAACAGGAGAAUGGUGUGAUGGAAAAAAAGUAUGA